AAAAGUUAAAACCACCCUCUACUGAACAGAACCCUGAAAUCAGUCCUGUUCCUCAAUCCUUAAUCCUCACACAGAAGGACAAAUAAGAAACUGUGAAUAGAGAGAGAAAAAAAUGAAUGCUCCUGAUCGAUACGAGAGAUUCGUCGUCCCUGAAGGCGUUAAAAAGGUUUCGUAUGAGAGAGACACCAAGAUCAUCAAUGCCGCCUCUUUUACAAUCGAGAGAGAAGAUCACACCAUUGGCAAUAUCCUUCGCAUGCAAUUACACAGAGACCCAAAUGUUCUAUUUGCUGGCUACAAGCUUCCUCACCCACUUCAAUACAAAAUUCUUGUUAGGAUUCACACUACAAGCCAGUCCUCGCCAACGCAGGCAUACAAUCAAGCUAUUAGUGAUCUUGAUAAGGAACUUGAUUGUCUAAAAAGAGCUUUUGAGGUCGAGUUGACAAAUGCUUCAAGUGAAUACUGAUCCAAGCUAGUAAAAUACUGCCCUGUCAGUUGCACGAAUGGAUACUGAAGGAAGGCAUAGUCUGCUGAUUCGUAUCGAACUUAAAAACGUAAUUUUCGUGCAUAUGUUUGUAUGUGUGGAUGCCAGUAUGACAUAAGAAUGAAAACCUUGUUUUUGCCUGUGCAUUCAGAUCCCAAUCUAGGGUGUAACUUAAUGCCUGGCAUUUCAGCAUCAUAUUUUGUUGAUCUUAGUUCACUUAUCUGCUGAUCAUAGUUUAGUGUUCUUUUGUUUUUAUAUUCAUUUCGUCUGUCGAACAAAACUGAGUUUCAGAUGCCACCUUUCAAAUGUUA